CAAAAUUCGAAGGUUGAAGAGUUUAAUGUUUUUAUAUUUCUCCUUUUGAGUGAAAUUCAACCAUAGUACAACAAGAUAUGGACAGUUGAUUAUUUCAGGGAAUAAUUUGGUUUGAUUGAACAAUUCCAUGAAAUCUAGUUGUGUUGAUCUACUCAAUUUAUUAGUACGACUAAGAUAAGAAGACUUAAUUGGGUUGAAAAUGACUGGUACGUUGGACUUUGCCAAGGUCAACUUGCGAGGACUUUAAUUAAUAUCAUUGGAAAGCGUUGUGAAAACAUUACGUUGUUUUCACGCUUUACUAAGCAAAAACGUUGGAAAAGUGUCAUUUAAACACGCAUUCUCCGAUGUAAGUAUGAUUGUCGCCGCCGUCAUCAGCAGCCAACAACCCGAACAACCCAGGAAACCGCCACCACCGCGUCCACCAAUUCGGAUGUAAAGUUCACCUUUGAUGACUCACGCGCCGCUUUCUGCCUGAAUGUCACGCUUCUCGCUCCUUUCCUCUCUGAUUCAAAGUUGUGUCUUUCUCGUCAACGGUCACCUAGUCCUUCCCAACAACUUGCUUUCUUCAAGCUUCACACUUUAAAACCCCCAACAAAGUCUCUGCCGCCUUUAUAAAUUUGCCAGCAAAAUCCAGUUUGUUUUACUCUGUCACGAUCCAGAUUAUAUUCACGCUUCCUUUGUAUUCUUGAAUUUGAUAGAAUUAUUCUUCUAUUUUUAAAUUUUAAGCACCAGCAGAUAGCAAGGAGAAAAACCCAUUUCUUACUGGAUUCAGAGGAUCUUUGGCCACUUAGGUUUUUGUGGAACAAGAUUGUUUCUUUUUGGGUUUUAGCUUUGCUGGGUUGUUGAUUGUUUCUUUUGAUGGACACGGAAGAGAAAACGCCGGUGAGAUUUACAUUGGGGAAGCAAUCAUCCCUUGCGCCGGAGCGGUGGACUGAUUUGUUGGCGAGGGAAGAUGAUGAUGAUACGUCUAAUGAGGAAGAAGAUUGGAAUGCAGAGGAUAUUAAUCCGGGUGUACGGCUUAUGUAUGCUGCCAAUGAGGGUGAUAUAGAUGGUAUCAAGGAGCUUUUGGACUCUGGCAUUGAUGUUAAUUUCCGGGAUAUUGAUGACCGGACGGCGUUGCAUAUUGCUGCUUGCCAGGGGUUCAGUGAUGUCGUCAAGUUGUUGCUUGAAAACAAAGCUGAAGUUGACCCCAAAGAUCGUUGGGGCAGCACGCCUCUUGCUGAUGCAAUCCACUACAAGAACCAUAACGUUAUCAAAUUAUUGGAGAAGCAUGGUGCAAAACCUUUGAUGGCUCCCAUGCAAGUAAAAAACUUCCGUGAAGUUCCUGAAUACGAGAUUGAUCCUGAAGAACUUGAUUUCACAAACUGCAUUGAGAUUAAGGAGGGAACUUUCCAAGUAGCCUUGUGGCGUGGUACCAAAGUUGCAGUUAAAAUGUUUGGGGAUGAAGUUAUUUCCGACGAGGAUAAAGUAAGGGCAUUCAGAGACGAGCUUGCUCUGCUUCAGAAGUUAAGACAUCCAAAUGUUGUUCAGUUUCUUGGUGCUGUGACCCAAAGUAGCCCUAUGAUGAUAGUGACUGAAUAUCUACCCAAGGGUGAUUUAUGCUCAUAUUUGAAGCAAAGAGGUGCACUAAAGCCAACAAGAGCGCUCAGAUAUGCAUUGGACAUCGCCAGAGGGAUGAACUAUCUGCAUGAACGUAAGCCAGCAAUUAUUCACUGUGAUCUAGAGCCUUCAAAUAUUUUGCGGGAUGAUUCUGGACACCUGAAAGUUGCAGACUUUGGAGUUAGCAAACUAGUAGAAGUUGCCAAAAGUGUUAAAGAUGACAGGCCUCUAUCUUAUCAUGAUAUUUCUUGUCGAUAUGUGGCUCCUGAGGUUUUUAAUAAGGAGGAGUAUGAUACAAAAGUGGAUGUUUUUUCAUUUGCUCUAAUUUUACAAGAGAUGAUUGAAGGCUGCCCCCCAUUUGACUCAAAGGAAGCAAAUGAAGUUCCAAAGUUGUAUGCUGCGAAUAAACGCCCUCCUUUUAAAGCUCCUGGAAAGUCAUAUGCCCAUGGAAUCAAAGAGUUGAUCCAGGAGUGUUGGAGCGAGAGGCCCGAAGAUAGACCAACAUUUAAGCAAAUCAUUCCGAGGCUGGAGUCGAUCUUCAAUAAAUUUGGGCAUGGGCACAGGCAUUUUUGGAAGGUUAGACCACUGAAAUGUUUCCAAAGAGUGGAGGCUAUGUGGAAGAAAGACGGUCAUGUCGAUGCAAAUUGGGCGGAUUCCAACCGAUCUGACAGCAGCAUUUAG